GCUUUCUUCUCCCAGUUGAUACAGAGAUUCUUCAAACAGCCAAUAGGUGGUAUUUUUUGCUUUUUCUGUGUGACAUGGCGAAGCGCUGUACGCCCUUAGCCCUCAACAUCGCCACUGAUGCAUCUUCAACUCUUGGCCGCCCUCUUUUCAUCCUUCACAUUUAUUAUAUCCACCUAGAGUCGCAGUCUACCUCCUCCAACCACAUCGCACAAAGAUUUAUCAUAAGGUCUUGCAAUAAUCAAGCCAUGGCAGGCCUCACAUUCCUCGCAGCUGUGAUCUCUGUCCCCAGCCUCGUCUCGGCCACCGCAACCUUCUCCCCAAACUGCAGCCUGCCUCUCGAAUCGACGGCAUUCGUGGUUUCUCCCAAUACACGGGGGACACUGGAUAUCCUCUGGAGUGGACUGUUUACUAUUUUCAUAUGCAUUUGGACGGUGCAACACCUUAACGUUCCUGAGCAGCGCGAUGGGAGAGAUCGGGGCUGGCAGGGCGACGCGAAAUGGGCUUUGAGACCUUUCUGCACGAAGGUCAAAUGGAUGCUCCUUACGCUCAUACUGCCCGAGAUAUUGCUGGGAAAGGCUCUGUCGGAUCUCAGAACUGCAAAAGAUGCGGUCAAUAAAGCUAAAAGACUGAAAGUUACAUCGGGGACUGGACUGUCUCGUGAGGAAAAGGGCAACUGGACUUUAACACAUGCAUAUUACGCCGAUAUGGGAGGUUUCGCAUUCAGAACGUCAUCCCAUCGGAGUGAUGAAACUCAUUACAAACUACAAUACAUCUUAGCAGAUGAUGUGCUGAAACUCCGGGCACUGGGACACAUUGCUAAGCUUCCUUCAAUCACUGAAGACGAAAUCAAAGACAAAAGCCAAGGGGACUCUUUCGUCAAAGCAACUGCCGUUCUACAGGUCUCCUGGCUGGUAAUCCAAGUAAUACUACGAGUGGCCCAUAGUCUACCAGUCUCGCAACUGGAGAUAACAGCGUGUGCCUUCGCGGCCUGUACGUUUCUAACAUAUAGCGUCUGGUGGUCUAAACCUCAGGGUGUAUCUUCAUGUACGAUAAUCACUCUUGCGGGUGAAGCCACGGAUGCUGAAGCAGUGCUCGACGAGACUUGGGGAGACGCCGUCUCCACUCUUUUAUUUUUCUGGCCUUUUGAUCACGAUACUUCUCGUAAAGCUGACGUCCCAAUUCGGAAUAACUUAUGUUCGCUUAACAUCGACCUCAUCCUUGGUCUGACUCUUGGUUGCUUCAUCCUCGGCGCUGUACACUGCGGAGCAUGGUUUGUAUCAUUCCGUCCUUUUUCAUUCUUCUUAGUCUUGGAUCUCGUGAUCGUGUCCUUCGUUCGUGUCCAUCAUUCCGAUCCGAUCCUUGAUAACCUGAAAGUUCUGGUAUGUAAUACACUAAUUGUAUGAUCAGGAACCUAAACUUCCCAACUAGAACAGAAAUGCUAUUAUGGCGGUAUAUAAGCAUUUCUUCUGGCGCCAUACUGCCUGUUGCAAUCGGAUUAUGGAUUUUCUUGGCUUUUUUGGAGGAGAUAGAGUUGGUUUAUGCUUCCUCGCUGUAUGGCAUUAUGCAUUUUGGGAUGAUUAUCCUCUAUGUUGGAUGUCGUCUAUAUCUUCUUUUCGAAUCUAUAUACUCACUCUUCCAUUUGCCACCAGGAGCAUACAUAACAACCUGGGCAUCAAAUAUUCCUCAUUUUGGAUAGAACCUUGGCGCCACCUGGACGAACGUGAAUGCAUCUGCCUUAAUCCUCUUCUUCAUUGAUCACGACAUGUUUCUUCUUUGUUCGUGCCAAGAGGUCACCAUCCCGUCAUUCGUUUAUUGUCAGCUAGUGGUUGUGAUACCAUCAGAAUAUCGAUCCUAACAAAACCCGGGGCUGAGUUUAUACCAUUGACAAAACAUACAAGUUACAUGAGUCCGUCGCGAACAACUAUGACGAUACGAUACAAGGCUUGAGAGAGUUAUGCUAAAGCAAUUCUCUCCC